GGAACCGGAAGUGACGCGACGGCGGCGGCUGUGGGGGGAGAGGCGGCCAUGGGGGAACUGAGUGAUCUGGACCGACAGAUCGAACAACUCCGGCGCUGCGAACUCAUCAAAGAGAGCGAAGUGAAGGCUCUGUGCGCCAAAGCUCGGGAGAUUCUGGUGGAGGAGAGUAACGUACAGCGCGUGGACUCUCCCGUCACGGUGUGCGGUGACAUUCACGGACAGUUCUACGACCUCAAAGAGCUCUUCAGGGUGGGGGGCGAUGUCCCCGAGACCAAUUACCUCUUCAUGGGGGACUUUGUGGAUCGCGGCUUCUACAGCGUCGAAACCUUCCUACUGCUCCUGGCGCUCAAGGUGCGCUACCCCGACCGCCUGACGCUGAUCCGGGGGAACCACGAGAGCCGUCAGAUCACGCAGGUUUACGGCUUUUACGAUGAGUGCCUCCGCAAAUACGGCUCCGUCACCGUUUGGCGCUACUGCACCGAGAUCUUCGACUACCUCAGCCUCUCGGCCAUCAUCGACGGCAAGAUCUUCUGCGUGCACGGGGGCCUCUCGCCCUCCAUCCAAACCCUCGACCAGAUCCGAACCAUCGACCGCAAACAGGAAGUGCCGCACGACGGACCCAUGUGUGACCUCCUCUGGUCCGACCCCGAGGACACCACCGGUUGGGGCGUUUCUCCGCGCGGCGCCGGGUACCUCUUUGGCAGCGACGUGGUGGCGCAGUUCAACGCCUCCAACGACAUCGAUAUGAUUUGCCGCGCUCACCAACUCGUCAUGGAGGGCUAUAAGUGGCACUUCAGCGAGACCGUCCUCACCGUCUGGUCCGCCCCCAACUACUGCUACCGGUGCGGGAACGUGGCGGCCAUCUUGGAGCUGGACGAGCACCUCCAGAAGGAAUUCAUCAUCUUCGAAGCGGCGCCGCAGGAAACGCGCGGAAUCCCCUCCAAAAAACCCGUGGCCGACUACUUCCUGUGAGCCGCGGCCACCGCAUGGCCACCACAUGGCCACCAAGAGCCACCUCCGGGCCACCAAAAGCCACC